AUGGCAUCCCAAGCGGAGGAGAAAACCAAGGAGACCUCCAUCCUUCUCAGCAACCUCAAGUCCACGCUCAUCCGGAAAGCCUUCCAUCUUGCCCCCUCUACCUCCUCCGCGGCGCCUCCUUCUGGCACAGGCUCUGGAGCCAAGCCCGAUUGGGGAUGGGACAUGCAUGCGCAUCUGGACCAGGAUCUGGGGCUCAGUUGGGCGGCGCGGGAUGCGAAUAAUCUGCAUGAGAAUGUGGAUGUGGAUGCGGUCACUCGGGACGGUGGACAUUCGAGUACACAUGCCCUUCUCCGCUGA